UCGCGGCUGGCCCCUGUGAUUGGCUGCGCGGCUCUGACCCCGCUCGGGCUCCCGGCUGGGCGGAUAAAAGGGGCCUGAGCCGGGGGCUCCCAGGCAUUCCCGGAGCGGGCACCAGGGACCGCCGGCCGCAGCAUGACAGGCAAAGCGGGCGCGGCACUGGCCCCCAGCCUGCCCGGUAAACCCAAGCCCGACGGCGCGGCCGCCACCCCCGCCGCCCCGCCACCGCCUCCGCCACCCCCCGCGUCGGGGGCCAAGCCCAGCUCCGGGCCCACCCCUCCCCGCUGCACCGGCUUCGGCAUCCAGGAGAUCCUGGGCUUGAACAAGGAGCCGCCGUCGCACCCUCGGGCCGCCUUGGACUCGCUGCCCGCCGGGCACCUGCUGGCGGCCCGCUCCGUGCUCAGCCCCGCUGGGGUGGGCGGUGUGGGCAUGGGGCUGCUGGGGGCCAGCGGCAUCCCCGGGUUCUACACACAGCCCACCUUCCUGGAGGUGCUCUCCGACCCCCAGAGCGUCCACCUGCAGCCCCUGGCCCGGGCCCCCGGGCAGCUGGACAGCAGCCAGACGGCCAGCUCAGAUUCCGAAGAUGUCUCUUCCAGCGACCGGAAAAUGUCCAAAUCCUCGCUAAACCAGAGCAAGAAACGAAAGAAGAGGCGGCACAGGACAAUCUUCACAUCCUAUCAACUGGAGGAGCUGGAAAAGGCCUUUAACGAGGCCCACUAUCCUGAUGUAUAUGCUAGAGAGAUGUUGGCCAUGAAAACGGAGUUACCAGAAGACAGGAUACAGGUUUGGUUCCAGAACCGCCGGGCCAAAUGGCGCAAGAGGGAGAAGUGCUGGGGCAGGAGCAGCGUGAUGGCCGAGUACGGGCUCUACGGUGCCAUGGUGCGUCACUCCAUCCCGCUGCCCGAGUCCAUCCUCAAGUCUGCCAAGGAUGGCAUCAUGGAGUCCUGCGCCCCUUGGCUCCUGGUUCAAGAUGGCUUUCCCAUGCCCAGGCGCUUUUCUAAACCCGAAUACCAACAAUUCUUUUUAGGGAUGCACAAAAAGUCUCUGGAGGCAGCGGCUGAGGCGGGGAGGAAGACGGAGGUGGAGCGCCAGGCCCUGCCCAAGCUUGACAAAGGUGACAAGGAAGAGAGGGGCCCGGAUCCCAAAACCACCAUUUCCCAAGAGGAACUGAGAGAAAACAGCAUUGCUGCCCUCAGGGCCAAAGCUCAGGAGCACAGCACCAAAGUCCUGGGGACCAUCGUUGGGGACAUCCCGGCCCCAGGAAGGAAGCUGGAGACAGGGGAGGAGGCAGCAGAGGCAGAAGAUGAGAGACAGACGGAGAAGUUGAACUCAUCACAGAAGGAGGAGAAGCUGAUAUAGGAAGGCAGAGGCAGUGAAAGCCAGCCCUGACAGACACUGUGUCCUCUGGGAGUUGUGUUCCCCCUUAGACUGCCAGGGUCCCCUGGCCUCCCCUGCCUGGGGAGCAGGACCCUGGUCUCUGCAUCUGAGACUGACUGGCAGGGUGCCCUCAACCUGCUCCCCUUGAGUAUAUCCCUGCCCAUUGCUCCUCCACUCUGCUGGGCUUUCCUCAUUCCCCCUUCCCUUCAUUUUGGGGGACUGCAGGGCGUCCCAUCAUUGUUGCCACCCAAGAAGACACUGAGGCUCUGGGUCCCUCUGGACUUGUGACCAUCUCUGGGGCUCCCUUCUCCUGGUUCAGCCCUAGACCCCAUUCGUCAUCUUGGCGUGAGCCUGUUCCCUGCCACCAUACCCCUCCUUGGUGCACAUCUCUUCCCAGUGCUGCCCGGGCUCCUUCCCCUGGCACCCCAUUCCGCUGUGCCCCAGGCAGACCCACCACCUUCCCACAGCCAUUACCUCUGCCUCUGGCCCAGGCCAUACAGGACAAGCCCGUGGCAACGUUUGCAUGAAAUGGCAACUCGCCAUCCAGGCUGGUUUGCACUUCCCACCCUUAUCUCCAUGCCCAGCACUGAGGUCUGCUGGGAAGAGGCUGCAGCUUUAGAGCAGUUGAGUUCUGCCUCCAUCUGGCAGGGAGAGGCAGGUGUAACCUGCGGGCAUGACACCCUGGCCCUUCCUGGUACCUCGAGGUGAUCCCAGUCCAUAUUGCUGGCUCCUGCAGGGCUGGCCACCACAGUUGGUUCUUUCUCUGCCCUGAACACCAAAGCCCUGCACUCCUGCAGAGGGGCUGAGUGGUGAAUUGAUUUACUGACCGCAUUGUUCCAGGUGAGACAACAACAUCAGCCCGAGGUAUUUAUUGAAUUAAAUUUGUCCAGCUCCCCCUCUGAGUGUUAAAGGGAAUGACAGCCAUGCACAUCCACCUUGAUACAUCCCAUCAUGUGUACAUAUGUCUCCCAGCCAGCCCUACAAGAGCACACCCAGACCCAUGCAGCCAAACCUGCUCUGUGGUACUAUCACCUCCCCACUCCAGUAAGGCAUUAUUCCCCCCUUCAAAAACUGUAGGACAGUGGCUUCCAGGUGACCCUUUCUGUCCUGCUUUCAGCUGUGAGCACCCUUUCCCCAGAGCUAUUGUUUUCAUUCCAUCAAAGGUUAAGUCCCUCCAUCCAGCCCCUGUUUGUCUUUGUCUCCCAGUUGGUUGAUGUGUUAGAUGAUAGCCCAUGGUGUGUAAAUAAUGUAUAUACAGUGAGAAAAUAAUUCAGUAUUGAGGUGUUUGAGAUAUGGAGCUGUAAUAACUUCUAGUCAUCCAGCAUCUGUGAUUUAUGUGCCAUUUUCUGUAAAAAUAUGAACAAGAAUAAAACUAAACAGGAA